CUCGGCAGUUGUAGUGCGUGCCGCAGCUCGGCAGAUUGUCAGCAGGUGAAAAAACAAGUGUCAGUUUGUGUGCGAUGAAUUCGCCGCAGUGACAAUGAGUUCGAGCCUCGGAGUGCGACAAUGGUUCCCGGAGGGCGACCUAGCACGCCACGCCCGCGAGUUCGGCAUCGCGUUUGUGGACGACGAGGUUGAAGAUGGUGUGCUUAAAACAGAGUGUGUUUCACCGCCACCGACCACCCUGCCUCCGGUCCCACCCCUCAUCCCUUUGUCGACCAUGCAGCCAUUGGCUAGUGAUGAUAGUGAGGAGCCCGGAGCAUAUGGCGGGGUGUUUAUGGUUAACAGUGAGAGUCCAGUGUUUAGUGACAGUGCAGUGGUAAACAUGUGCGGGGAGAGAGGGUGCUGUGCGGGAGACGCAUCGCGGUGUUCCGUCGUGCUUGACCCGUUGCCCUCGGAUUUGCUUCGGUCCCUUACGGAGGACGGGCGCAUUAGUGCCGAAAAAGCGGCCCGCGAGCAGUGCAGCAGUGGCGAGUGUGUUGUGCCCACGCAGGAUCGGAUCGAUUGUGCCGAGGAGUCACGUGACUCGCGGCGAGGCGCACGGCAUCGCAAGCGGCGGCGGGAGAGUAGCGGAGGGGGGAAGGGAAAGCGGCGGAAGAGAUCGACAUCGUGCUCCACGACGUCUUCAAUGGGCUCCACGGCUUCCAGGCCUCACCAUCAUCAUAAACAUCACAAGCACCGGCGUCGACGGAGCAAAACAGCUGACGAGGGUUCGCCGCCCCCAGCACCCAGUGUCAACCCCAUCUUCGUGUGGGUAAAGCAGGAUGACACCAGAAUAGUUGAAGUGCUGUGUGAGGACUACGACAAGAGAAACCGAAUCAGGCUCACCAAGACACCCUAUGGCUGGCGAGCGAUUCCACGAACUGAGCGACUCGCUUCAGUCUCGCAGGCUGCACCUAGUAGUACUAGCAGCUGCUCCGCGGAGGCGCCACUAGACAGGGAACAGUGCGACAAUUCGCCCACAGAUGGUGGCAUCGACAAUUAUGUCACAACACUAGUCACUGAGAAUGUUGAUCAUCCUGCACCGGUGGCGGGAGAUGAAAACUCUACAGACCAAAUUACCAAAGAACAUGAUGAGAGAGAGGGAGAGGUAGAAGUAGAGAAAGGUUUCGGUGAGGGCGAAGGUGAAGGUGAAGAAAAUGAAUCGGAAGAACAAGAAAUAGAGGAAUGUAGGGAAACUGAAAUGACUAGUGAAGAAACUUGUGAUAACACUACAUGUGAACGACAGAACUGUACUGACACAGAAGUGGAAGAGAUUGAGCCCACCGAUCUCAGCAUCCCCAAAACCAGCUCAGACAUGGACAGUAUUCCCGUGAAAACAAUUGUUCCCAUUUUACCAGCUGCACCAAAUCCUCAGCCCACGCCAAUGGAAACUUCACCCACGCCAGCCCACCAGCCAAAACCUCAGCACAAGUCCAUGUUCCUCGAAUCUCUGUUGUCCUCUCCCAAGAAGUGUUACCAGCCGCCAAUGCAGACCCCUGAAGAACCACAACCUCUGAACCUCGGUGUAUCCUUGUCUCGAUGCUCGAGCAGUCCCACCGUCAGCGUUUCCGAGGAGAAGAUACUCACAACACCCGACUCGAAAGUCAAAACAAAAUGUCUCAAAGUUGAGGAUAUAACCCUGAAGAAUCUCCUCAGCAGGCAGUCGAGUAAGGUCGUCGAAAGGACUUCAACGACGCCAGAAGUCACUGUGGAGACAACCAAGGCCCAAAAGUCUCGACUACUGGAACUGCUGACGUCAGAACCAUUAUCUCUGGAUCAGGAAGUGGAUGAUCCCCUCACGCAACUCAAGAAGGUCCUCGCAGACCCUGAACUGUCCGUCCCUGAUCCAAUGCUAGUCCCACGGGACCGACUGCGCAGACUCGUUGUCAGUCCAGCAAAGGAGAUUCCUCGUCUCUUGUCUUCGAGGCCAGAACUGAGGUUUCCAGAGGCUUUGACCUACCCUACUCUUGUGCAAGACCCCGAUAUACUUGUAGUGUCGCUUGCCCAUUUCCAGAGGCUGUUGCAGAACUGGACGGAAGAGGAUGCAGCUGCGUGCAUGAGCCUCCGCGACUACCAGAUGUACAAGCAGCAGCAAGAAGCUGUAGCAGCCGCCGCCUCGGAAUUCAAGCAGCAGCAAGACAAUGGAGAACUGGCCGCAGCUCUCAACCAGAUGUUCUGGCUCCCGUACCUGACUCAGCUCGAAGCUGCGGCUAUGACGUGUGGAAACACCCAGGAGUUCCUAACGAUGCUGAAUGCAGUGUUUCCGCCCUCCAACUACCCUCAGGUUCAGGCAAGAACUCAACACCAGUACCCAUUCUUGGUGCCCUUCACCUUGCCGUCUACAGACUACAAGACUCAGCUGGAAUUCCAGCAGGCAGUAACCGCGUGGCACGAAACCAUGAUGCAGGCAGCUGUGUCAGCCGCCCCAGUGAGCAACAACAACAACAACAACAACAACAACAACAACUUGUCGCCGGGAAAGAACAGCUACAACAAGAACCAUCACCAGCAACCUAUCAAUGGACGGUUUCCACACGUGGCGAAGAAAGUCAACUCGUCUUCAGCCCGAACUAGCCCAAUUUCUCCAAGUUUCCAGUCACGCGCCCUAAACACCACUCACGAGUACCUGGCAGCCAAUGGCUACACAAACAAUCAGCACCACCACCACCACCACCAGUACAAUCACCACAGGUCCCAUCACCAUCAUAAUCAUCAGCAGCAGCAACAACCUGCUCGAAGUAACUCAGGGACGCCGAAAGUACCCAAAAGUGAAACACAGACACCAACAGACAAUGACAAAGGACCUAAAGUAACUUGUAACUCUCUUAUACAUCUCCUGUCGAACUCUAAGAAACAGCAGCAAGAAGAACCUGUAAAGAUUAAGAGAUGUGUAUCUCUUACUGCGCAGUCUCAACACAGCCACUUGCUGGCAGCCCUGGGUAACCCCCCCAAUAACAUGCCGCAACUGGUGCCAAUACCGCAAGGGGUAUCACCACCCACACCCAUAGAUCUGUCGGGUCGUCGCCAAGGUGACAAGAUGGAAGUGACAACUGGCAAGCUGAAGGUCAAGAAGCACCUCGUAGAUCCUGCUAUCACCCCCCGCCUCCUUAAACAGGAAGUUGAGGCCAUCAGUCCCACAGACAAGACAUCGCACCCACAACUAUGGCACCCCCUGUUCGGGAGCCUCAACAGAAUGCAUGUCAUGGAGGAAGAGGGUAGCAAACCAUCUGCAAUCCUGGACAACCUGCCAAAGACGAAUGGGUCCCCCACACCAUGCCAGAACGCAGUUCCAACACUGGACAGUGAGAAAAAGGGUGCAUGUGACGAGGAGGAUGUGUCUGCAGCCACGAACAAGGAUGACAGCCAACAGAAGCUGUUGGGGCCGUCAAAACAUGUGGCAGAAGAUGAGGAAAUCCACAAAGAUGGAGAAGGUUCAGAUGCAGAGAACAAAUCCUCUACGUCUGAAAUCAAAGACGCCGAGACGGCUGACCAAGAUGAGAAGGGAAAUGAGGGUGAUGAUGUUCCUGAAGCAGAGAAGGUACCCACAGGAAGUGAGAUUCCUAGCACCAAGAAAAUUUCAGAGCAUAAUAAGCCACAACAAGAUGAUCUAUGUAGUCUGCCGCCUUCUCCUGAAGAUGAGGAUGAAAACAGUGCCACCAGCAGCCCAGAAAGCCAAGGUGUAGUAUCAAAGAGGAGUCAGAACACAAGGAGAAAACACAUAAGUAGUGAUAGUGACAGUGAUACUCCAGCUAUAGUGAAGAAGCUCAAGUUGUCCAGCAGGGAGUACGAGGAACGCGAACGCAUGGUGAAUGAGUAUGUGGACAGUGCUUCGAGGACUGGCCUUGAAGAAAUCCAGAAAUACACAGAGAAAUUGCAGCAGGAAAUUCAUACGCUGAAUACACUUGCCCGUGCCAAGGAGCAUGAAUGGAACAACAUAAUUCGUCUCAAGAAAGUGAAAGAGGAAAUGUACCUACGUCUGCAGCGGAAAAGGCAAGUGAUUCUGCUCACCAUGGGUAAUGUGAGCAAGCCCAGUGACACCCUGGACUGGGACCUCUCAUCUGACACAAGGUUUGGUGAAUGCAGUGUUGGUAUUGGUGGGAUACCUUCUAGUGGGGAUCCUGCCAGUAUGAAAGCAUCUUCAGCUAAAAUGAAUUCCAAAGAACAGAACACAGUGUCACAGUUCAGCUUGCAACCUCCACCAGUAGGUAGUGUGUCUGUUUUAAAGAGCAGCCAAAACCAGUUACCACUGAUGAUGGUACCAAUUGUAUCCUCUGGCCCAGGUGGUCUCACUGCAUCUCUGUCAACAUCUUCAGUUCCCUCUCAGUCCACUGCUCCAAGUGUUUCUUCAAUUAAAGUUCCUGACUUGGGCAACAGAGACAAAACUGGUGGACGGAUACACCGUCCAAUAUUGCCAAAGCCUACCACUGCUGUCAUAGUACCUUCGGGAAACAUUGGCACCAAUGGCAGUAACAAUGGACAGAACCCUGUCAUAGGCGAAGGUCGGCAAGGGCCCAUCCUAGAUGUUAGGUCCAUCAUAGCAGAUUAUCGUUCUAGACAUCCAGAAACUGUUCCUCGCCGUGGCCGCAGGCUCAAGAGUUCUCUGUCCCCAACACCAAACACGCAACAAUUGACAGACAAUCUUGUAUCUUCUACUAGGGUGAGUGGUGGAGGAGGCAUUCUUAGUAUGGCUUCCUUGGCUCUAGGCUCAGGCUCCCAGAUGCGGACAGGCCUAGUGGGUUCUGCAUCUGAAAUGGGAGACAUCAGUUUCCUCCUGAAUGCCAUGGGAGAAGCAUCUGCUAGGCAGGAUACCUCUCGUCCAUCCAGUGCUGACUCCUCGCGGAGUGGGGCCCCUUCUCAUGCUACUCCUGAGCCAGGAAGCAAUGCAAAUUCUGGGGGUUCAAGUGGGGGAAUCAGUUUUAAGGAUGUGUUAGUGCAAUUUGCAAAGUUAAGCCAAACAGAACAGCGUCACGAACCACUGCCAGCCACUACAACUGCUAGUAAACCUCCACCAUACCCUGAGGUGACUCUGCAUCCUGUGCUGGCACCACACUCUCCACCACAUCAGUCCCCUUCAUCGUCACUUCUACAUGGAAUCCUCACAAAGUCUAAUAAUGCGACACAGCACAGGGGAGACACCAGCAUUAGUGCACGGCCAACGACCUUCUCACCAACAUUAGCAAGGUUACUUACUGCUCCAGAGAGAUUGCCCAGUGUUAUCAGCACUAAUGCCACAACCCUUCAUGGAACAGCAGCGCAUGUCUCCAUAAGUGAUCUGCUAUCAACCUCAAAGACAAGAAAUGAGAUCACCAUUACACCUGUGGCUGCUCAGCCAGUUAAAGCCAAAGAAGAAGUAGUGCUAGUGGAGGAAGAGCAGGAGGACAGCGCAGACCGCUUGGUGAUUGACGAGUCUGGAGAUGGUGAUGGUAGGAGAAGUCAAGGAGAGAAUGAGGACGAUCAAGGUCCAGAAAUGGCAGCUGAAGAUGUACCAGAAUGUCAGGGCUGCCAUCAGAGAGCUGCUCAGUUUGUGUGUGCUGGAUGUGGGAAUCAGUGGUACUGCAGCCGUGACUGUCAGGUGUCAGCGUGGGAUGAGCAUUCUGAGGUGUGUUCUGGUUGAUCUCAAGUGAGAGAAGAUUAGCUUCAAAAUUUGUGCCAAGUCAGAGGGGUGUUUAUACCUUCCAACCCAAAGUUCAAAUUUCUACCACCUGUUCAGUAUGUGACGCUGAUACAUAUCUUCCGAAUUACUUUGUGUGGUCGUUGUUUGUUUUGUCUAGCCUUCUCCCCAUCGUUUCAUUUUCAUAAAAGUAAAUAAAUCCUUGUAUAUUUUUAUUGCCAAAUACUGCAUUUCAUUUAUGACCGGGUCAGUAUCAAAAACUUUGUUACCAGAAUGAUUAUGGGUAUAAGUCGAUGUGAAGACAUUUUUAAGAUUGCUUAAGUUAAUUAGAAACUGUGCUGUGAUAUUAAUGUUGUUGCUGACUUCUAUGUUUGCUACAAAGGAUGUCUUGUCAGAUAACUCUGAAAGAGUUACCUAUUUCUUUCUUGUACCACAAGUAUUGUAACAUUAAAACUCAGAAGGAAUGUAAUGUCAAA